CUGGCAGGGGAAGCAGUCAGCAGUCUGUGUAAGACCACUAAAGGACAAGGAGAUCGUUCAGGCUCCUGAAUUCCUAAAGCAAGAAACAGCAGUCAAGAAUCAGAAGCACCAUGAGCACCGCAGGCAAAGUCAUUAAAUGCAAAGCAGCUGUUGCUUGGGAGGUUAAAAAACCCAUGGUCAUUGAGCAAAUUGAAGUAGCUCCUCCAAAGGCUCACGAAGUCCGCAUUAAGAUUGUGGCCACAGGGAUCUGUCGCUCUGAUGACCAUGUGCUCAGUGGUGCAUUUGCUAUGCCUCUCCCAAUGGUUUUGGGCCAUGAAGCAGCUGGAGUUGUGGAAAGUGUGGGAGAGGGAGUAACUUGUGUGAAACCAGGAGACCAUGUUAUUCCUCUGUUUGUCCCACAGUGUGGAAACUGCAGUUCUUGCCGGAGUACCAAAGGCAACCUUUGUUCUCAAAAUGAUCUUAGUGAAGGUUCUGGUUUAAUGCCUGAUGGCACCAGCAGGUUCACUUGCAAAGGGAAGAACCUUCACCAUUUCAUUAGUACCAGCACCUUCACGGAAUACACAGUUGUCCAUGAGACUUCAGUGGUCAAAAUAGAUGCUUCUGCUCCUUUGGAAAAAGUGUGUCUGAUUGGUUGCGGAUUUUCCACUGGUUAUGGAGCGGCUGUUCAGACAGCCAAGGUGGAACGUGGAACUACCUGUGCUGUCUUCGGCUUGGGAGGAGUUGGUCUCUCAGCUGUCAUGGGAUGCAAGUCUGUAGGAGCUUCCCGGAUUUUUGGCGUUGACAUCAACAAAAGUAAAUUUCCCAAAGCUAAAGAACUGGGAGCCACUGAUUGUGUCAACCCUCUGGAUUACAAGAAGCCCAUCAAUGAAGUAUUGUUUGAUUUGACUGAUGGUGAAGGUGUAGAUUAUUCGUUCGAAGUGAUUGGACGCACAGAUACCAUGACUGCUGCCUUGGCUUCCUGCCACCAGAACUAUGGAACCAGUGUAAUUGUGGGUGUGCCUCCUUCAGCAUCUGAGAUCGCCUUUGACCCAAUGCUUCUUUUCACUGGCCGUACCUGGAAAGGAUCUGUGUUUGGAGGCUGGAAGAGCAAGGAUUCUGUCCCUAAAUUGGUUUCUGAUUUCAUUGGGAAGAAAUUUGUUUUGGAUCCAUUAAUUACCCACACUUUACCUUUCGAGAAAAUUAAUGAAGGAUUUGAACUUCUCCGGUCUGGAAAGAGCAUCCGCACUGUUUUGACAUUUUAAGAACCUGAAUAAGAUUGGACUGAUGGUAGCUGAAGAUCAUUCUCCAAAGCUUUUCUACUGAACCAUAUGUGCCAGGCUUUUGGUUUCUUCUGCUCUAACGCCCAUGUUUGCUUGAUGGGCCAAAUGAAUGCUGAAUACUAGGAUGAAACUGUGGAAUUUAUUAGGAAAUUUAAUUAUAUUAGCUUUGCUAACCUGCAAUGGAUUAGAUUAGCAAAGCUAAAGAAAGUAUGUGCAUAUCUUGUAUACAUUGGAGUUUUAUAUGAAAGUGUUCCAGUCUUGCAUUUCAUGGCCUUUCUGUUUACGAUUUUUCUCUCUGCUCACAUGUUUGCCAUAUAUCUGCGAAAUAGAUAUUCAUGGAUCUGAUCAAGUAGGCUCUGGUCCUUGAAAGUUUGUGCCACUGUGAAUGUAUUAGUCUGAAAAGUAACAAGAUUCUUUUUUUGUGUGUGAUGCCACUGCAUAAUGCCACUAUCUCUUUGGAAUUUGUUGUGAAGCUAAAACAUGCUAUGUGACUGCAGAGUAAAAAAAAAAUCAUAUAGUUCAAAAGUUUUUGUCUAGGCGAUGGCCAAAGUCUUGUCUUUAAUACAAACAUGCCUUCUUGUGCUUGUAAAAUAUUUCUUCAUGAUGAUCUUGGUUUGUUUCCAAAAAAAUAAAUAAAUCUCACUUUUUUGGACAUUGA